UCUCCUUCCCACUAAGGUAGUAGAUGUACGCCAGUACUGCGGUAUUCCGAUAGCGCGCGCGUUAUUCCUCACGCGGAGAAGGAGAAGGAGAGACGGGUGCGUGUGUGACUUCUCACAUCGAAGAAAUGUCGUCGAUAGUAGCGGCACUUGUAGCAACGAAAUAAACGGUGAAACAUGUCCGGUCCGAUGGUCAGUCGUUCGCAGACAGCCGACGGCGUUGAUUUUAGAUCUUCGAUGCAAACGAUACGUUGCGUCCUUUGCGAAAAGACCGACAAGCUGUCAAGGUGUUCCAGAUGCAAAUCAGUUUUCUAUUGCACGAAGGAACAUCAAAGGCGUGAUUGGAAACGUCACAAAGAAUUUUGUGGAAUCCGUGCAACAUGGCCAAAUGAUUCUUCGCUCGUUGUACUUUCCACAAAUGAUACGGAUGAGAGUCAUACUUCUGCUGUGACGGCCGAUCAUUCCUCUUCGAGAAAACGUUGCACUAAGAACACACGACCGUUUCCUAACCUAACCGACCAAACUCAACUAACCAGCAAAGUCUUCGCUGAACUAGUCGGUGAUCGUGCUGUACGAGAAAAGCGCGACGACAAGGAUUUUUCACGUUCUUAUCCUUUGAAACUGAUUCGAGAUUCUAAUAAUCGAUCUGAGAACUUAGUCUAUUCAAAAUACGAAGAUCAAAAUUUUAAGAAAAAACAAAACGGGGAUAAAUCGAAGAGCAGCUUGAUUGUAAAAGCUGAUGGUUGGACUUCUCCUAUAACUUACGAAGGUAGUUCAGAAGAUACGAUUUUGGGAGCUAGAGCGGAAUUAUUGAAUCCUGCCUUAGAAAGUUCUACAAUUCUUGGUAGUUUGCAAGAUUCAGAAUUAGAUAUGCCGACGCAUCAUAAUGGCAUAAAAAAUUUCCCAGAUGUUCAACUUCGUGAGGAAGACCUUUUACCCCCUUUUUUGCAUAGAAAUAAGAACAAUUUAGAGGAACUGAUAGGCGAAAUUUGUAGAAAUGUGAUCAGAGACAUGAAUGAAUAUGGUGUGUGCGUGGUAGACAAUUUUUUGGGUGCUGAUAAGGGCCUUGCGGUGCUAAAAGAAGUUUUAAAUAUGUAUAGUGCUGGGUUAUUUAAGGAUGGACAAUUGGUUUCCAAUAAGGCUAGUGCAAACGAUUUAAAAACAAUUCGAGGUGAUCAGAUAACAUGGCUGGAUGGAAAAGAAAAGCCAUGUCAAAAUAUAGGCAUGCUAAUAUCUCAAGUUGAUGCUAUUAUCAUGAGGGCAAACAAAAUGCACAAUAAUGGCAAGAUGGGAAGCUAUACGAUCAAUGGCAGAACAAAGGCAAUGGUAGCUUGCUACCCUGGUCACGGUUCGCAUUACGUGAAGCAUGUGGAUAAUCCUAACCGGGAUGGACGAUGCAUCACUGCGAUUUACUAUCUAAAUCAAGAUUGGGACAUUAAGAAAAAUGGAGGCCUUUUAAGGAUAUUUCCAGAAGGUUGGCGCGACCAAGUAGCCGAUAUCGAACCUCUAUUUGAUAGAAUACUCUUUUUCUGGUCAGACAGAAGAAAUCCUCACGAAGUACAGCCGGCAUACAAAACGAGAUACGCAAUCACAUUAUGGUACUUCGAUGCCGAAGAAAGGAACCAAGCUUGUAGAAGGUAUCAAAGGGAAAGAGAAUUAUUACAUGCAAAAGCGGCGGAGAGUUCAUGAGACGCAAAGUCUGAAGGACCUUUAGACCGUCCGUCGACUGAAAUUCUAACUUUAAUAGCUGAACUUACACACCUGUACAUAGUUACAUAUGAAAAGAAAGCAUUGGUACAUAAAACGUAUUAUUAUGUAUUAAGUAUAUAUAUAUAUAUAUAUAUAUAUAUAUAUAUAUAUAUAUAUAUAUGGAGUGGCUAUAUAUAUAGCCGAUAAAUUUUGCGGGAGGAAUUGAAUAGUGUAUAAAAGAAAAACAAUACGAAAGGCAAAGGAUAACGAAAACUUAAGGCUUAUCACGCGUGAAAAUGUGCAAUAGACGUAAGAACGUUCCUUUUUUACAAAUGAUACUGUAACAUAUAUAGAUUAUAGGUAUAUAUAUGUAUACACAUUCGACGUUCUAAACGCAUAUAUCUCUGCAGUUCUUACAUCGUUAAAAUAAUUUUUAAUCACAUUUUCUUCUUCUUCUUCUUCUUCUUCUUUUUUUUUUCAACGUGAUUUUAAUGCUCAAAAUCUUCUCACCAAAUAUUUCAAAUAACAACUUUAAUAUCUGUUUCGUUGUUAUUUAAAGAAUAAUUAUUUCUUCCUUUCAUUCUUUUAUCUUAAUUUUAUGCGAAUACUUUAACACGAAUAAGUAUUGAAUUCUUUGUCCUUGGUAAAAUUGAAAAAAAUAUAGCUUUGUCAUAUCGUUCUAAUAUAAUUUAAGUGAUCUAAGCUCCAUUUGAUUCUUACAUAUGGACAAUUAUAUUUAUAUAAUUAUGAUGAAACAAUACGCAUAUACAAGUGAAAAAUAUCGUUGAAUGAUUUUCCAUUUGUACUGUGUAAUCUCAUGUGACAUUAUUGUUUCUUUUUUUUUUUUUUUAUUUUUUUUUUUUUUUUUAAUCAUAAAAUUGCAUAUUUCUAAAUAAAGACGCCACGAUUGAUUUACCAAGAAUCAUUCAUGAUUCCAGUACGAAAAAUUGAGGAAUAUCAAGGCCCAAUUUGUACUUGUAAUAUUGUUAUAUAUAUACUGUGAAGUUGUAGGAGCACUGUGUUUAAUAUUGUAUGUAUCUAUUUAUAUAAAUCAAUAAUGAAAACAAAAAAUUAGUACGUAUCGUUUACGUCCUCUGGAAACAUUUUCGCACGUAAGAUUAUUCUAUUAGUCCAGAACUUAUUAUUAUUAUUAUCGAUAAAUGAAGAGCAUUAGGAGAGUUUUAAAAAAAGUAUAUAUUACGUUUCAUAAUGUUAAACUUAUCUCUGAUGUAUCCAAAUCGUUAGUAAACAUUAAUAAGUUAUUUUCUAAAUACUCCUUCGUAUUGUAUUAUUGGAUACAGAGGACCCAAAAAUGUACCCCCGGUAUUCUCGAUAAGUUAUUUCCGAUGUUUGUUUUAUUUAAUUUUACAUACAUAUAAUCGACGUUAAUAUUUGUUGUAAUUUAAGUUAUGAAAUAGACAAAAAUUUAUCAAGUAUUGUAAAAUGACGUGAUUUUGUUAUUUAGAAAAUUAAUAAAUGCCUAACAAAAUGUA